AUGCCGCUCUUGCAUCGCCUGCCCGAUACGGAGUUUGUGGCCAUUGAUCUGCCGUAUCACGGAUCCAAGAGCGUGUGUGCGGUUGUCGAUGAAGCUGCGUGCACGGUGGAGCACCCGGCGAGCAAGUUCGUGACGCUGAACACUGAGACCCUCCGCCGAGAAGUCCUCCGACUUCGGAGUGAGUUUGGAGAGUGCCCCAUUGUCGGCGUCGAACACUCGGCGGGGGCGACGGCGCUCUGGAAUGUCGAAGUGAAGCGCCCCGGCACUUUUGCUGGCCUGGUGCUCUUCGAGCCGGUCGUGGAGGAGCCUGGCACUCGUGACGCCAAGACCCAGAAGUACAUCUUCAACUUUGCCAUGAAGCGACAGCACCGGUGGGAGACUCGUGAAGCCGCCGUCGAGUACUUCACGAGGUCGAAAGGUCUUGCAACUUUGGAUCGCGAAAGCCUCGCGUGCUGGCUUGAGGGAGCCAUUGUCCCCGAGAAGGACGGGUCGGAAACUGUCGUGUUGGCGUGUCACCCGACUAUCGAGGCAGCGGCUUACUGCAGAGAGCGUUUGUGGCCAUCCGACCAAGAAAUGGCGCGAGUUGCUUGCCCGGUCUCCUUCCACAGUAGCGACGACACGUGGCUGUUUGACUUCAAGCACUACGCGAGCGUCGAGGAGCGCUGGCCGCGGAUCUACAAGAACCAUCCGCCCAUGAAGAACACGACGCACAACCUCAUUAUGGAGAAGCCGAUGGCCUGCGCUGCCGCGAUUCACGCCGACCUCAAGGAGAUCGCUUGCUUCAAUGCAUCCUUUGCGGAGUUGUAG